CUAGCUGAGUUCACACCAGCGGUCGUUGCCAUUCUAAGGUCGUAAGCCACUCUGACGUGGACAGAUGAAAUUUCAACUUCAAGACACUCUCAACUCGAACCAGAAUUCAAAGCUUUGCAUUUCCAAGUCACCCCUUUCAUUAUCAACCUGACGUGAGUGCUGGAUCCGGUCACCAAUUUGUCAAGAAAUUAACACUAAUCCUUUGUUGCUUGUAAAGACCAAGCAUCGAUCCAGACUUUGCACUUUAAUUAAGAGCAUGUCAGCAUCAGCACCAGAAGUACUGAACAAGGUAACAUUAGUACAUUCUCCUUGCCAGAGCACGUACGUACUGCAGAAGACUGCGGCCUGAUCGAUCCAUGGAUUGGCCGGCUCUCACCUGCUACACUGCAGCCCUGAUCAUUCUCUUCCUGCCGUUACGGGCGUCCGACGACCGGCUUGUCCCCGGUGAGCGGCUCUUCCCUGGCACCACCAUCGUCUCCGAUGACGGUACCUUCGCCUUGGGCUUCUUCAGCCCCUCCAACUCCACUCCGGCCAGCCUAUACUUGGGCAUAUGGUACAACGGCAUACCAGAGCUCACCGUCGUGUGGGUCGCUAACAGGGAGACAUCGGUCAUCAACAACACUUCUUCUGCGCCGACACUCUCCCUCACCAACAGCUCCAACCUUGUUCUCUCUGAUGCUAGCAGCGGCCGUGCCAUUUGGACGACUGAUGUGGCCACUGCCUCAAGCUCCAUUGCAGCAGCAGCGGUGCUUGAGAACACCGGCAAUCUCGUCGUUCGGUCUCCGAAUGGCACCACGUUGUGGCAGAGCUUUGACCACGUCACUGAUACGUUCCUCCCUGAAAUGAAGAUACGGAUCAGGUAUGCCACCCGUGGCAUCGGCAUCCGUCUGGUGUCCUGGAAGGGGACCGAGGACCCAUCGCUCGGGCGCUUCUCCUACGGAGGUGACCCGGACACGCUCCUUCAGUUAUUCCUCUGGGAUGGGACGCGCCCGGUGGGCCGCACCAGCCCUUGGACCGGAUACUUGGUAAAAGGCGAGCACCAAUACCGGAAGGUUAACGGCAGCACAGCGGUCAUCAUCUACAUGGCCAUUGUCGACAAUGACGAGGAGAUCUACACCACUUACACUGUCUCUGCCGGUGCCCCACACACAAGGUAUGUGGUGACUUACACUGGAGAUUACCAGCUCCAGAGCUGGAGCACCAGCUCCUCGUCAUGGGUUAUCCUUGCCAAUUGGCCAUCCCCUGAAUGCAACCGGUAUGGCUUCUGUGGUCCGUAUGGCUAUUGUGACCAGACAGCGAUGCCCAUGCCGAUGUGCAAGUGCCUUGACGGUUUCGAGCCAGCAAGCACGGAUGAAUGGGCAGCUGGUAGGUUCUCGGCAGGGUGCCGACGAAAGGAGGCAUUGCACGGAUGCAGUGACAACUUCUUGGCCUUGACGGAGAUGAAGGCGCCAGACAAGUUCAUGUUUGCUGGAGGAAACAUGAGCACAAUGGAGGAGUGUGCGGCGGAGUGCAGGAACAACUGCUCCUGUGUGGCGUACGCAUACUCCAACCUGAGCAGCGGCAGGUCUGGAGGAGACGUGACAAGGUGCUUAGUAUGGGCGGGGGAGUUGAUUGACACCGGGAGGUUCGCCGAAGGGCUUGGCAGCGCCACGCUAUAUCUCCGCCUUGCAGGCUUAGAUGUAGCAGCUGGUAAAAGGAGAAAGAGUACUGCAACUAUAAUUAUGAUGGCAAUUUUAGGAACUGGAGCUGUGGUAUUCCUAUGCAUUUUCGUGGCAUGGCUAAAAUUCAAAGGCAAGAAAAAAUGGAGAAAACACAAGAAGGCAACAUUUGAUAGUAUGAGUACCUCUUAUGAACUUGGGGAAGGAAACCCACCACAUGCCCAUGAAUUUCCAUUUGUAAGUUUUGACGAAAUUUCUCUAGCAACGAACAAUUUCUCCGAGACAUGUAUGAUUGGACAGGGAGGAUUUGGCAAGGUCUACAAGGGAUUAUUAGGUGGACAAGAAGUUGCUGUCAAGAGGCUAAGUAGUGACUCUCAGCAAGGAACAAAGGAAUUCAGGAACGAAGUAAUUCUGAUUGCUAAAUUGCAACACAGAAACUUGGUUCGGCUUCUUGGAUGUUGUGGAGAUGGAGAUGAAAAGUUGUUGAUCUAUGAGUAUCUUCCGAACAAAAGCUUAGAUGCUACCCUUUUUGAUGAUUCAAGAAGAUUGAUGCUGGACUGGACAACACGGUUUAAUAUAAUCAAAGGGGUUGCAAGGGGACUUUUGUAUCUCCACCAAGAUUCAAGACUAACUAUAAUUCAUAGGGAUCUCAAAGCCGGAAAUGUUUUGCUAGAUGUAGAGAUGAAACCCAAGAUAGCAGACUUUGGUAUGGCAAGGAUCUUUGGCGAUAACCAACAAAAUGCAAGCACCCAACGUGUUGUGGGAACAUAUGGAUACAUGGCCCCAGAAUAUGCAAUGGAAGGUGUCUUCUCCACCAAGUCCGACGUCUACAGCUUUGGUGUGCUAGUACUUGAGGUUGUGACUGGUAUAAAAAGAAGCUCCAGUAGUCACAUCAUGGGCUUCCCUAGCCUCAUUGUGUAUUCAUGGAAUAUGUGGAGGGAAGGGAAGACAGAGGAACUGGUGGACUCAUAUACCAUGGAUACUUGUUCACUGGAUGAAGUUUUGAUUUGCAUCCAUGUCGCACUCCUGUGUGUCCAGGAGAAUCCAGAUGACAGGCCACUCAUGUCGUCCGUUGUGUUCAUCCUAGAAAACGGAAGCACCACACUUCCACCCCCCACUUGCCCUGCCUACUUUACGCGACGAAGUGCAGAAAUGGAGCAAAUUAGAGAUGAUAUCCAGAACUCCAGGACCAGUUUUACUCUCACUGAGAUUGAGGGGAGAUGAAAUAACUAUUAUUUUGUUUAGACAUGUCGCAGCACCUUUCCUAGUGAAACAUCCUCCAAUUGUUUUACAUGUCGCUUCAGCUGUUUGGAA